AUGCAUAUGGAAUAUAAAGUAAGAUUACCUGCUCACGAUUUUGUCAAUGCUCCAUGCCAUAAACUUAUUCCAUCAGUCUAUGCUGGGCUAAAAAUUGAAAAAGAUAGAUUUGAUUUAGAGUUGACUCAAAAUGGAAAAGAAAGAAAAGACUAUAACUUUGGUAUUGAAAAAGACAUUAUAAUUGAACAGGCUCAUCGAGUGGGAGCAACUAAUGAUAAACGAGAGCGAACAAUCGUCUUGAAACUCCGUGAUUACGAGGAUAAAAAAACAAUUAUGGAGAGAGCAGUUAAAUUAAAAGUAACCAAUAUUUUUUUAAACGAAGAUUUUAGUUUCACAACUCGAAAAAUUCGUAAAGAACUUUUUGAUCAGGCAAAGAUACAUCGUCAAAAUGGCUAUUUUGCAAAAGUUGUUUACAACAAGCUUAUUGUUCACGAAUUUCGAGAAAACACCCGCAACACAGAUGUUAAUCCGACAUGCGUCAACGAGUAA